AUGAAAUUUGUGGGCGCUGUAAGGCUUGGAAAGGAUAAUUUAUAUCACGGGAAUUCUGACAACAAGACCGUCGCCGUUUACGAAAAGAAUGGGAACAACGCAGCCAACCUUGUCGCAAUUAUUGAAUUUAUAGGAAUCGUUGGAUUUCCGCACAAGACAGUGGUAUCGUAUGGCCUCAAUUACGAGUUUAGGGCUACGCUAUUGGUUUCCAAGGAUAAACAACCGGGUGUGGAUCUAUUCUACUCUAGAAUAGCCAUCAAGGAGGAUUGUGCAAGCAAAUCACUUUCCUCUACCUCCCUUGCCAAAAUCGAUCCAAGGAUGAAUAUCGCCAUUUUUAAAAACAAGUGGGAGGUUGUAUACAAGUCUGAAGGGAGAUACAGUCUCUUUACCAGGCACCCAAAGCUUUGCAUUUGCCUGGAUGAGCACUGCGACAGAGCGGAAGAUUACAACCAUUUCGUAAAGACUAUAGCCAUAGAAGGACCGAUGUUGAUUGCUCCUAUAAGGGCUGCAUGCACUGUUGGAACGAGGUGUAUAAUGGAAAUUGAUGGGUACUUUAAAGAGGCAAAAAACUAUUUUGCGCUCUCAAAAGAUGCCUCUCUCACCAAUGGACACAUGAGCUUUACACUUCCCAACGUUUACGAGUACAAUAUGAGUCUUUCAGGUUUUUCUGCAUUUAAGACUGUCACUCUAAAGAUUUACUGGAUCCCAGGGCUAAAAUAUGCGGACGUUAAUCCAGUCAUUGGAGAAGUAGAGGUGAUGAGUUUUUACGUUGGAACAUUCCCGGUAGCUCCCUUUGGAGCCCAGAGUCUUGUGCUAGAUCCCACCCACUUUUGUUCGCACAAAUUUUACAUUUACAAGAGGAUUAAAACUGAAACUGUGAUGCCGAACCCAGAGCUCCAGGCAGAACUUUGGAGCCUUGACAGGACUGUAGUAUUGUCCAACAAGAUGAUUGGGAUUACUGGAGGGUUUAAUGCUGGAGAUUUGUAUAUUCUAAAGUCUAUAAAGGGAUGUGAAGUUUCCACAGGGACUGGUGGAGAUAAUGCUUCCGAGUCAAACAAUUUUGAGAAGGAAGUUUUAGUUGCUCAUCUCGUUCCUACCGGCGUCACAAAGUAUAAACGAUACGUUUGUGAGUUUGGAAUGACUUGUAAAAUCGAGUUUCCCACAAUUGGUCUCACCGAGUUGAUAUCCAAAGGGGUUCAGAGGGGAUAUAAUUACCAGGUCCUCUUGGCUAAAAGAUGUGGCACUGGCUUUGAUAAAACUCCAUUCUUGACCCCAAAUGGGCUUUCUAGCAGUGAGAAGAUUUCAUCAGACUCGAGCGAGUUUUCCUGGAGCGGAAAUGCGUUUCCAGACUUGUCAUUUAUAAACACUCAACUCAGGGCUUGCUGGUGCGAUAAAGCGAGUGUUGACGCCUAUACAUGCCAAGGGGACGACUAUUCCAUCGACAUUGGCACCGUGCUUAUCGUAGGCGAGACAAGAAAGACUUACAAGUGUUGGCUGGGUGCCAUGUGUUCAAUUACGUUGCGCGGUCACUAUGAUCGGGGAGCGGAUGAGAUUAUAAUGUCCAGAGCCUGUAGCAAUCCCGGAGAUGUAACGUCGGACCAAGACGAUGCGUUUGACUAUGAAAACCUAAAGUCCGCAACGGGAGACGAGGUGACCGUGAUUACUACGGAAAUUGAUGUCGUGGACGAAAUGGUUGGAGUGAUGAGACUCUGCAGGAGAAGCAAAGGGAGUCGCCUCAAAUUUACCGAUUUGGGAAUUGAAGUCGAGGUUACAAGAAUGGCACUGGAAAAGAAGAGGUAUAUCGUAGGCAUGAAUGGGUCCGCCCUCGUCAAGGCAAAAGUGCCAAUCGAGGGGGAGCAAUACAUUCUCGUCAAGCAACUGCAGGAUGAAGUUGGUGACGCCAUUGCACAUCGCAAGUUAUUCACCGAUCAUGGGAUGAGGGUGGAGACUAGGGUGAGGGCUGGCUACUCCAAAAUUAGCUGGUGUAUGACCAGUCAGCACAUGAGAUGUACGAGGCUGGAGGACUUUAGACUCAAUCUCGCCGAUUUGACGACGGAGGGAAUUCUCAACCUCAAGGGACCCAUCAAGUGCAUAAAUUGGGAAAUGUGCAAGCUUACAUUUGCGUUUCAGAGCAUGUUUGCAAUGCUGACUGAAGCACCUCACUUGGCGGACCCGGGAUCGGUUUUGGUCCUUCGCAAGAAGGAGUGCAGUGAGGGAGCAUCAAUGGGAGAUGUGCAUGUCUUUGGGGGUUACCACGACAAGGCUGUGGUACAUGAACAGACCAAUGACCUCUUUGUCUUGAGGUAUCUCAAGGAUUAUAGCCGGAAGCUUUACGGGCUUACUCCCGGACAAUAUUUCUUGUGCUUUCAGUCAAAGGAUAAAAUGGUGGAAAUGAGCAAGAUUGAUGUUGUAGGUAUGUUGAAUGAAUGA